AUGCCUCCAAAACGAAAGUCGACUACUGAGAGUCAAAUUGCGGCCAAAACGGCAAAAAAAGGUGGACCUCCUCCGGAUACUAAAUAUAAAACCAAUGACAUUGUUAUGUGCAAGUACGGAGGCACUUUUUAUGAGGCAAAAGUCUUGGCCAUCGACCCUGACGAUGGAUAUUUUAUUCAUUAUCAAGUAAGUUAACGGUUUCAUUAUUUAUUAUAACUGACUGAUCUUCAUUAUUUUUUAGGGAUGGAACAAGAGAUACGAUGGUUUCGUCAGUUUCCAAGAGUCUAACUCUAGGUUCAAACCUUUCAGCGAAGAGGAGGUAAAGAAAGCCAAGGUAUGAAAUUUUUAUACUGUUUAUCUCCCUUUAGGAAGUGAAAGCUGUGCUGAAGGAAAAGGCUUCUACACCCAAGAUAGUCAAACCUAAAGGAACGCCAAAGACCAAAGAAAGAUCUCGGAACACUUCAACGAUCUCAGAGGAAGAUAAACCUUCUAAAGAUACCCCGGCAGGAAAACCCAGACUGUCCUCAAGGACAGCGGAGAAACAAAAACCUGAUGGUAAGUGGUGUUGACAUCUUGUCAAGAGAAUUAUCUUUCGUUAUUGGUAUUGGGUCACGUGUUUAUGUUCCUAAACUACCAUUUGUUCUAAUUACAUUGAGAUUAAUAAGUUUCCCUUCCAGGUGACGGUCCCAGGGCUCAAAAACCAAAGAAGGAAGACAAUGUUAAUAAUGGAAACAGUAAUUCAACGAUUCCAAGAAAGCGAUUAGAAGCUCCAGCCAAAUUGGAACCUGGAACCAAAUUGAUUGGCCCGGAUUUGGCCGAGGUUCUCACCGAUGAACAAGAAAUGAUCACUAGAAGAUAUAGACUUCCAAAGACACCUGCUCAGAAGACCGUUUACAAUUUGAUUGAAGACGUACGUUUUGUUUUCAUUUUUUUUUUCUUUUGAUACCAUGGAGUACUAAAGUGCGAAAAGAAAUGUUUUAGUAUUGUAAUGACAAUCACGUUAAUUUGAUCAAAGUGGAGAAGAUGAUGGAGUUUGCCAAGACCAAAAACUUGGCUGAACCUACAAACAUCACUCGUGCGGAUUGUUGUGCUGGGCUCUUGAAUCUGUUCGAGGUGUGCGUUGCCAGUGUGUUGAUCUAUCCGUUCGAAAGAGAGCAUAUUAAAACUUUGGUUUUGGAACAGUCUGAUGGAGAAGGUAAGGUUUUCCGUUCAUUCGAAUUUUUUUUUUUAUUUUUCGCUUCAAAGAAAGUUGAUUUAGAUGAAAACAGAACACUUCGUUUAUCUCGAUUUUUGGGUGUCACCUAUCUUCUCCGUAUGCUCUCCAGAAUCCACGAAAUCCUCGAGAAAACUGAUAUCCCGGAAGAGAAUGGUAAGACUGUAAUGGAGGUUUGUACAGGCAUUACCAAACACCUCUGCGGGAAACUUUCUUCCUACUUCGACCCGACCUCAUACUACGUUCAGCCAGCCAGUGAUUACAUUCGUCGGAAUUCAAACCUUUCAUAA